AACGAGCACCACGCUCUUUAUACAUCCGGAGCCGCAAAGUCCUUAUUACUCUGCAGUAAUGCCGGCUGCUUUUCCGAAUCGCAUCCAAUGGCAAGAGCAGCAUUUCGGAGGUCGAAUAGAAGGGGUGCAGAGGGGCAUGUGAAAGUUCGCAGAUGGCUUGCGUCUCACGCGCGAGGCGUUCGCAUCUAUGCUCAUGCGGUACGAAGUGUUCACGCCACGUUCCUCAACAAACUCCUAGAGGUUGCAACACUUCCGCUCUCCUGGUUUCCAAUUUCCGCAGUCAUACGAGUCCCAGACGCCUGAGACGCGCUGCACAAUCUUGCACGUUUCGCUUUUCGGCGACCUGCCGUGGAGACCGGCGACCAGCGACACACGACCACACCGUUCCAUUCCAUUCCAUUCCGGCUGAUUUGAUGUCCCAGACCCCGGAAUUCGCCUCGUGCUCACCUGCCACAAAGAGUACGUACCCAACUGUACCCCAGAGCUUCUACGCGCGGCGAUCUCAGCGCAUCUCGAUUGAUUCAUCUGUACAGUACUAGUAUUCCACUGUAUUGUAGAUCAAAUAGCGGGCCCCGGGCCCCCUCCUAAAC